AUUCGGUAGGGACAGACGUGUGUUUGUCCAACACGGAAAUAUCGAAGUUUAUUGAAAAAUACGAAAAGUUUUAUUUUUAAUAUUUAAACAAGAUACGAAUUGUUAAAUUACCUUACAUACAUGUAUACAGUUAAUUGUGAUUUUUAUUUAAUUUCGAAGUGUUUUAUCAGUGAAAAGAAAAUUUUAUUUUGUUUUUAAUUUGUUCGCAUCAUCGAUUUAGGCAAGGUCUGCGUUGUUGGGGGGCGGAGCGCCAUGCGCGGCAGGCCCCCGCGCGGCCGGCUGGCGGUCGGCGCCACGGCCGCCUUGUUGGCCGCUGCCGCCCUGGGCGCAGCCCUCGCCUGGAAUCAGAUCUUUGAUGCUGCUCUCAGCGCUCAAAUGGUGAUGAGUCCGACAUCCCGAACAUUCCGAGAAUGGGUUGAGCCGACUGUACCUCUAUACUUCGACGUCUACCUUUUCAACUGGACCAAUGCUGAUCAGUUUCCUGACGAAAUACCAAACUUACAGGAAGUAGGUCCGUAUCGUUUCCGUGAGCAUAGACGUCACGUGAACGUGUCGUGGCAUCCACACAACGGAUCCGUGUCGUACCGCACGCAGCGCAGUUGGCACUUCGAUGAGACGAGCAACGGUACACUUGAAGACAAUAUCACUACUCUCAACAUUAUUGCUGCUUCAGCAGUCUACAGAUCAAGAGACUGGGGCUUCAUUAGACAAAAGGGUUUAGCAAUGGGCCUGGCUAUGUUCGGUCAUCACGUGUCUAUAUCAAAGCUGGCUACUGAGCUACUGUUCGAGGGUUAUGAUGACCCUUUGCUGGAUCUGGCCAAGAAUCUACCAGCAAGCGCCACGGGAGGCGCACCCCCUGUUGACAAAUUUGGACUGUUUUAUGGUAGGAACGACUCGCUGGACACAGACGGGUACAUGGAAGUGUCGACGGGUGCUGGAGGCGCGGCGGGCUCGCUGCCCGGACAGAUUCUCAAGUGGAACUACGAGGACCAUCUGCCCUUCUACAACGGACAGUGCUCAAAGUUGUCAGGUAGUGCGGGGGAGUUCAUGGCACGUGAUUUAUCUGAGCAGUCAGGGCUGGAGCUAUUCGUGCCGGAUCUGUGCCGCACCGUGCUCCUGAAGCACACCGGUAGCGGCGUCCGCGCCAGCCUUGCGUAUAACAAGUACGAGCUUACUGAAUCCAGCUUCGACAACUCUUCUUCAUCGCCGGAGAACUCGUGUUUCUGUAACGGAGAGUGCGCGUGGGGCGGCGUCAUGAAUGUAUCAUCUUGCCGCUACGGAUCUCCCUCGUUCCUCUCGCUGCCGCACUUCCUGCACGGCGACCCCAGACUCCUCGAACUCGUCACCGGACUAGAACCUGAUCCAGAAAAGCAUUCCUUCUACUUCGCUGUGGAACCGAAACUGGGAAUUCCUUUGGAGGUGUCAGCAAGAUUCCAGCUCAAUAUCUGGAUUGAACCGACUCAAAAUAUAGAAUUAUUCGAGAAAGUACCGAAGAUGUUGUUUCCUAUCUUCUGGGUAGAACAGAAGGUGUACAUAGAAGACAAUGUGCUAUCCGAAUUACGGAUAGUGCGUGCUAUCCUUGACUGGGGUGGCGCGGUUUGUGCCGGCAUCACUCUUUUCUUCACCGUACUCGCUGUUAAAGUGUUGUGCUGUAAUAAGAAAGCUAAAUAUUCAAGACCCAACGAAGUGAUCUCCGAGAAACCGAAAGAAGAAGAAAUGUUAAAAUUAAAUCCUUUAUAGAACCAAUAUAUUGUAAAAAUAAUUGUAAUAAAUUAUAAAAAUUUUGACAAUAUUAAGUUAUAGUAAUUAUGUGUAAACAUAGAAUAAUACGUCUAGAUGUUCAAAACACAAAAGUGAGGCAAAGGAGGCAUGUGUAGCCUUUUUUGUGUUAACUUUCCCAGAUUUUUUUUUGUGACUGAGUAGUCACUGAUUGCCUUGAAGAGGCAUUUACAGCUUCACUAGGCUUGAGGUGGUCGAGUGCAGAUGGCGCUUAGCCUGAACCUCGUUUAUAGUAACAAGACUCGAGGGCUCCCUCAGAAGCCUCGGCUCGGACUGUUACUUGGUUAUUGUUACUGGAUUGCGCUUUUCCCAGAGUUACAUAAGUUACUAUGUAAAUAAUUAUUAAUUUAGUAUCGAAAGAAAAUUUUGUCCGAAUCACUUGGUUUCUCAUAUAUUUAUCAAAGUUAAUUAAGUGCCAGUUUUAUUUUAAGUACGUAUAGUUUUAAAUUCAUGAA